AUGAUGAAGAACAACGAGCAAUUGAGGCCAAGUAGUCGCCGUGGCGCCUCGGGAGCAUGGCGAAGAGGCGAUCGACUCAAGCCAGCUCCAGCAGAUACUCUCGAGCUCUAUGGAUUACCCUCCAAAGGCGAGACUCGCCUCAACGACUUCCGCACGCAGGAAUUCUACUUCCACAAGAUCCUCGAGCGCUACAUGCGCCUCUGCGCCAUCAACGAAAAACAACUCGGCACCCUCUUCGCCUCCAUCUCGCAAGCCCUCAACCACGACUUCCUCGCCUCGCUCCACCUCCCCACUCCCCCGACGUCCGCCGCCACCCUCAACGACCCCCGCACCCCUACGGCCCCUUUCACCAGCCCCCCGCUCACCGAGCUCUCCACCGUCCUCGCCGCCCUCCGCAAGCUGCGCGAAGCAAUCACAGCGUCCGGCCGCAAAGACGCCUUCGCCCGCCGCGCCUACUUCUUCGGCGCUCACGCCGGCAUCCUCUGCAAGGACUGGGAAUCCUAUCUCCCGGCUCUAACCUCGCUGCUCACCGUGAUCCACCGGCCCGAAGCCCCCCUCAGCGCGCCCGACCUCAAGGAAUACGUCGGCCUGCUGAUCCUCGACCAGGCGUGUCGUCAGGGCAAUCUCGCCCUGGCCCACGAGACGCGGGUCAAGUUCGCAUACCGCGAUCGCAGGGUCGAAGGCGUGCUCAAGGCCCUGGUUGCGGAUAAUUGGGUCGCGUUUUGGAAGCUCAAGAGGGCAGUUGAUGGGUACCAGCGCAGCGUUAUGGAGUUUGCGGAGAAGGAGGUUAGGUUGCAUGCGUUGAAAUGUCUUGGCAGAGGGUAUAUGAGUGUUGACAGGAGGUUUGUGGAGAAGUGCGCUGAUAGGGAGUGGGCGGAGUUGGUCAAGGAAGGGGUCGGGUGGGAGUUGACGGAGACGGAUCGGGUUUUGAUUAAGAAGCCGAAGGCAAAGUGA